AUGAAGAAGCUUUUUCCCGAUUCAUAUGGAGAUGGGUGGAGCGCAGGGUCGCGUGUUCUCAUUAAAGGAGAGAGUGAUAUUGUCGUAGCCAAUGUGACUCUGGAUGCAUUCUCUCACCGAGCGAUCUAUCUCGACUGUUUUUUUCUCUAUCUGAUUCUAACCCUCCUAGAUUCUUGGCCGGUGCUGCCUUCCGCACAGUGGAGCUACUCCGACAAAUACUUCGACCAGUGGAACCAAGUCAGCUUCGACAGUUCUUCCUGGGAACGCACUUCGCGCGAUGGUUUCCCCGACCUCCCAUCCUCCGUGACCACCCGCUACUACCGCUUGACCGCCGCGGUCCCGGCGUCGCUCUCCCAUUUUUCGGGAUAUCGCUUCGGGAUCAAUCUGCGCUAUGGCGUGAUCGUCCACAUCAACGGCGUGGAACAGUUCCGAAUCAACAUGCCCGAAGGUCCCGUGUCGAGCUACACGCCCUCCAUUUACUUCGAAGAAACGCAUCUCAUCCACUCCGGCUCGCUGCAGCUCUCGGAACAGCUGCGUUCAGCGACGUCGUUCGUUGUGGGAGUGGAAGUGCAUUACCGAACCGGCCACGUGAUCGAAAGCGACGACUUCUUCGCGUUUCUCUACAUGCUUCCAGCUGGUUUGGCUGUCAUUCCCAGCUCAUCCCAAGAGAAAGACAGCGUGCAUCGAUUCGAUAAUCUCGUGGUUCGGCCUGCGUUUACCGCGCCAGAAGGAACCGAAAUGAACCUGGUCGACGGCGAUCGGAGAACCUCUGUCUCCGUUCUCUCCGGAAAUUCGGCCGUUUUUUCGUUCCCAGACAACGGUCUCUCCCUGAUAAACGCUUAUUCGAUCGAGCUGGGAGACGAAUCGCAGAGCAAGCCAGUGUCGUGGAAGCUGGAAGCGUCUCGCGAUGGCUCAACGUGGACGAUCCUCGAUGCUCGCGACAACUCAUGCUAUUUUUCGAAUCGAAAGUUCGAACGGUUCGUUCUGAACGGCCAAUUCUCCGUUUUUCAACUCUACAAACUCACGUUUCUCUCCCUCUCCGCCUCCACGCCGAGCCAAAUCGCGGAAAUCACGCUUGAACAGCUCUUCCAAGAAGCUCCGCCCCUGCCGUACAUCGUCUAUUCCUCGCGAGCCCUCUCCUUCUAUCUCGGCGAAACCGGCAUUUUGGUGUCUCCGCUCAUGACUGGAUUCAGUUCGUUUGCGAUCGAAGGCGCCGCGCUGCCGCCAGGCCUGACGUUUUCAGCGCUCUCGGGGGAGUUUGGAGGCUCGAUUUCGUCGAGCGGCUCUGUUUUUAGCGCGGUGUAUCAGAUCAGCGCGACGUAUCAAUCGGGAACGGUGAUGCAGGGCACUGCUUCCAUUCAGGUGACCAACUGCAACCUGGAAAUGGCGAUUCUGCAAGUGGAUUGGACGUUUCAAGGAGAGAGUCGCGCGAUUGAAUGGGAUCUCCGAUGGAACAAUGAGUUGGUUCGGAGAGGAAUGGGGAACGAUGAGAACCGAGCAGAGACCCAGAAGGUCUGUUUGAUGAGCGAUUUCUACGAGUUCUCUCUGUACAACCGCGGGGAUCGCGAGUGGCCAGCGGGGUCGCAUGUCUCGCUUUCGAUUCUCCCUUCCAAUUCUGCGCAGUCCAUUCCGCUCGGAGGCGUUUUUCUUGCGUGGAAGCAACGCUCUCUGACCGUUCCUCUCUCCUUUUCUCUCUACUCCAGCGGGCCAAUCGCGGAGUGGAACUACGCGCGCGAGAACGCAGUUCCUGAAAACUGGUUCUCCACGUACUCUUCCGUCCAGUGGUCGCUGAGUGGAGAGGGUUUGCAGCUCGCUCGCUCUGUUUGGCUGUUUCGACGAACGUUCAACGUUGGCUCGAUAGCCGGCAUCGCGCUUGUGGAGUUCCGAAUCUUCUGCCGCGCAGGACUUGUCGUGUACGUGAACGAGCAGGCGAUUUAUCGCGUGAAUGUCCCGGAGGGAGCGCUGAGCGAGAGCACAGUCGCUACAAAAGUCGCAUCUCCGUAUUGGCAUGUGUUCACAGCGUCGCCGACUUCGAUGAAUCUUCACACGGGAUCCAAUCUCAUGACGGUCGCUGCGGUGAACACAGAUUCGGCACAGAUCACUGUCGACUUCAGAGCGAUCGUUUUGCCGCUGGCGCACACAGGAGUUCUUUCGCGUCUGCUUCCAGACGAUGACUCGCUGCAAGUCAGUGCGAAUUUCGCUUCGCCCGAUCAUCCGGUUUCCAAUCUGAUCGAUUCGAGUUUGGCCACAUUUUAUCAGUCCGGAAUUGCUGUGUCGUCCAGUCCGGAAGUCACGAUUUCGCUCCAGAACGAUCGGAUUGAGACGUUUAAUCAGUAUUGCAUUACUGCAGCCGAACUCCCGUUUUAUCAUCCAGUCGAGUGGGUGUUGGAAGGCCGACAAAGCAGCAGCAGCAGCAGUAGUACUGAAUGGGAGCAGCUGAGUGAUGUUUCCAGCGCGCUCUUUCAUGGAAUCGAAACGAAAUGCAUGUUCUUCACCCCAAACACGUUUUCUGAUUAUCGUCUAAAGAUUCUCGAAGCAAAAGAAUCAAGAACCCUCGUCGAAAUCGCCGAAUUCGGUUUGAAUCACAUCGAACUCUCGGAAGCGUCCAUUCCAACUCUGCAAAUGUCCGUCACAGAGGUCAACGCCUAUUUAAACGCUGAAUUCAUCGCAGAAUACACCGUCACUCCCGGCUAUUCUUCCUUCACCGUCUCGCCUGCGCUUCCUUCCGGUCUUGCCGUGGAUCCGUCGACCGGAAAAAUCAUCGGAAUUCCCACCGAAACGCGAAUGAGCUGGAUCUACACACUGACAGCAAGGUUUGGCGAGCAGGAAGCGACGACUUCGUUUUCGCUUCGUGUGGUAGAUUGUGAGAACAGCGGAAUGUACCACACGUUCUUAUCCAUCAAUCUGACUGACUACUCGGAGAGCACAAUCCGAUUAGUGUUGCAGAACAAAACGCACACAUUCAUUCACGAUUCCGUCGCGGGUCCUUCCUAUCGCCGUUCUCUCUGCAUCCCGCAAGACCAAUACCGACUGUUCUUCCUCUACCAGACAUCGUCUGCUCCGCACUAUGCUGUCACCGUUCAGAACGAGACUUUCUCAGGAAUUCUGGAGGCAUCUCAAUCUUCGUUUGAAAUGGUCAUCGACACCCAAAAGCUGAUUCACCCCUCGGACACCGUUUGGCAUUACUGGAUUCAGCAAGAAGCCCCUCCUACCAACUGGUAUCAGUCGGCCAUCUCUUCGGAUUGGCCGAGUUCCCGUCCCGGCUAUUUCCCUUCCACGACGGGCGUUACUUCGUACUUCUGCACCACAUUUUCUGCAUCGUAUACUUCCUACGCGAGCGCGUUUUUAGUGGGAGUGUUCUCUCGCGGAGGCUACAUUAUGUAUCUGAACGGAAUCGAGAUAAAUCGCGUUCGAUUGCCUGCAGGAGGAGAGGUUUCCCACUCGACUCCCGCGGUGAACUCCACUUCCAGCGCGAGCUACAUUUUGUUUUCGGGAAGCAUUCAGUUCCUUCCCUUCGUUGUGGAUCCUUCCGUUCAGGUCGAAGGAGGGGCUGAAGGAGACAACAACAGGCUUUGUAUUGAGGAGCAUCAUCCAACGGACAUGAUCGAGCCGAGCCAGUUCACUGUGUAUAUGGAGUAUGUCCAGGAAGGCACGUCUCGGAUCGUCGAUGGAUGGCACUGGGGCUCGGUGCAAUCCGUGGGGACGCCGUGGUUCGAAUACGUCGAGAACGCGUUCGAUGACAAUAUCAAUACGAAGUACUACGGUCCUUCGUCCUGCGUGGAUGUGACGGUGCGCUGGACGUACUGGAACGACCGGAAAGAAUUCGUCAAUUAUCUGAAGUUCUAUGCCGGGAAUUCCGCGGGACGUCGUCCGGAAGAGCUUCGAUUGGAAGGAUUCGCGGUGGAUCAUUGGGAAUCGUUAUUCGAAGCAAAGGAGUUGGUUUGGGAGAAUACAGCUGAGUAUGGUCAAUUCAAAGAAUGGCAAUUCAACAACACGCAGUCCUAUUCUGCGUAUCAGCUCGUAGCGAAUGGCUGCGCCAGAGAAGGAAUCGAGUUCGCUGAAGUGUAUCUACAGGCGUUGCGUGUGAACGUCGCUUGCGAGGCCGCCGAUGGGUUUGCAGCAGCGAAUGAAGGUGAAGAGAGCAAGGGGCCAUGUCCAGAUUACCAUUCUGGUUACGCAACGCGCAUUUGUUUGAACGGCCAUUUCACCGAAAUCGAUUAUUCUACAUGCGUUCCUUACGCUCCCACCUCCUUCGAAUAUAUCCCCAAGCAACUCUCCUGCUUCACACAAACUCCCAUCCAUUUAGAGCCCGUCGUUUCCUUCCAUGUCGACGUGUUUGGAGUGAAUCCAGGCCUCCCUGUCGGCGUUACCUUCAACGUCAAUACGGGUGUGAUUUCGGGGACUCCGCUCGUCGCAUCUGUGUGCACUUACACCAUCACAGCUCGCAAUAUCCGCGGGACAUCCAAAACCACGGUUUUCCUGAACGUUCAGAGCGGAUGUCCGGCGAUUGGCGACUUCCCCGCAACGCCAGUCGGGAAAGAAGCAGUGUACAAUUGUGGAAGCGAUUUCUGGACGUUGGGAUCAGUGCGAAGACGCUGCGAAGAGAAGAACGGGAUGCCGGUGUGGGGUUCUCCGCAAGGAUAUUGCCAGAACGGCGUUCUUAUCUUCGUAACGAUCAUCUUGGGCGCGUUGAUUAUCGUCACGGUGGUGUUAAUUUGUUAUUUGUCGACCUCCGUUUCGAAGAAUAUCGAAGUGUAUGAGCUUCCAAACGGAGAGUAUGAGCUGGAAGAUGCGACGCAGAAGGAGGGAGAGAAAACGGUGGUUCGCACGCGCGCGCGGAUGAAACUGAUUGGUCGGCCUGUGUUUAUUUACUUGCCUCGCUACUUCCAUAAAUCCAGGCGGGAUUAUGCGGCUGGGUACAGGCGAAUAAGUGCUCCGGCAAAUCGAAGAAGGUCACUCGAACGAGUGGGGAAGGUGUAA